AUGGUCAAUUUGCAGAAGGGAGCACAGACAACUCGUGCUUUAGUCGAGGGAUUUGCUUGGAAAUCAACAACGCUUUCUGUCAUUAAUGGAUAUCACAAUACUUAUUUGAAAGGAGCGAAAAUGGCGGUUAAUUAUAGGCCUGUGAAAAUGUUGACCAUGACAUUGCAUCGUUUCAUUAUAAUGAGUAAAGUAUUCAACUCCACAAUGUCUGCUGUUUUCCAAUUUAAUAAAUAA